AGGCGACAGCAACAGGUUUGUCCUUGCACAGCCUAACUGUGCCCUCCAGUGGACACGUCCGGUGGAUAUCGGAGACAUUGGUCAUCUGCGGUCAGAGUUCACUUCGACUCUUUCUGAGGACUAAAGCCACACGUCUUUGCUUCUUUAUUGAGAAGCUCCCAGGAGCAAAAUGUUGCUUGGACCUGACUUUGUCCAACAGCAGCUGCUUUUGCGUUUGUCCAUCUGCCCUCGGCGCCUCUCCUUGAAGGAACAGCGGGGCAGUGCGCUUGGCUGAACAGCGCUGGAGAAAGCGGAUCGUGGAGAAGAAGAAGAAGAAGGAGCAGAGUUUCCCAAACGCAGAACCGGAGGAUCUGGGAUUGAUUCUAAUCUGUCCAAGGUCACCUCCUCUCUAUCUCUUUGGUCUGGUCUGAGUGAAAGUGCAACAAGCACCUGCAGGGCUGCAUCACUGGCCCCAACCCUAUUACUGCAGAAUGGGCAACUUUUCCACCAAGGACAGCCACGGACCCACAGGGGCUCAGGUGGACAGUUUUCACACUCCACCUACUACUCCACAGAACGACGGUGCUGUUUUCACAACCAGUGCUCCCCAGCUUCCGUCUUCCCCUACGAUCUCAGUUUCGUCUCUACCUCCAGUACCGGUCACCACUGGCAAGAAAUCGCAGCAUGGCACGCCAACUACUCCCAGCGCUCGCAGUCGCCCUCCGGAUUGGAAGCCUCGUCCGCCGGUCAGCGCAAACAGCUCCAUGGUUAGCGCUGGAGUUAACCCAGUGAACAGCAAGCCAGCCGGUGCUGUGGCAGUGAGUGAGAAAGCUACUGUAGGGAGGAAUGGUGGUCCUCCUACUUCUACACCCAGGAUUCCUGUCACCCCAGAGAAGAGUGUGCCCGUCAGCCCUAUAAAGAGCCCCUCGUCUCUGUCUAGUGCCUCACCUGUGGUGGGCAGCUCUUUGGGGCGAAACUGGAGAGAAAGGGACAGUGGUCUGAGUCAGUCUCUGCCGCAGUGUCAGGAACCGAAGGAUGGCCAAAGCGAGGAACAGGAGAAGUUGCUGGAGGAGUGUAAGCUAGCUCUGGGAAUCACUGCCAGUGAGGACGGGAGCACAAACACAGCAGAGAUACUGAAGCAUCUGCUGACAGAAGUGAAGAGUCUGAAGAGUACAUUAGAGUCAGAGCGUGGCGAAUGGCUGCAGUUCCAGGCUGACCUGCAGGUGGCGGUGGCGGUGGCAGAUCGCCUGAGAGCUGAGGCAGAAGAGGAGUUGACGGCGCUCCGAGCAGCCCACAAAGACAUUGAGAGGGAGCUGUCUGCUGCCCAGCAGAGACAGAAAGAGGCUGAUGUGCAGCUGGUUACUCUGAGGGAAGAGUUGAAGGAGAGCAGGCAAAAACUGGCUAAUCUCACCAAGGUCCAGGGCAAAAGUGAAGCCCGUGAACCUGAGAAGCCAAAUGGAGAAUCUAACAAGUCUGAGAGCAAGGAAGAAAGCCACAGAGGCAGGGAGAGGGCGGUGUACAGGUUAGGAAGAGAAGGGCUGGAAAGUAAGAGUCAGAACGAGGUGGUGAAGAAUGUCGCUGACGAAGAGGCGAAAACAGAUUGUAAAGAUGUGACUAAGCGCUACCUGAGAAAUGUGACCAAUGAGGACAGGAACAGAGAGGGGGUGCGAUCCAGUGAAACACGCAGGAUGGUGACUACAGAGAGGUCAAGAAGCCUGUCCAGGUUACCCAGCUCCGCAGAAUCCAACACCACGCUGAACGGAACCUCCCAGUCCAGUUCUGCUGCAACAGCUGCUCCUGCAAACAAGAACUUGUUGCAAUUAAGAGGUCGAAAUCUGGACUGGCAGGACGGCAGGUCGAGCAGUGACACAGGAAAACGUGAGGAGUCUUUAAACAAGUAUAAUUCAGCCCUCACCGAGUUGCCGCCCACCAAGACUCAGGAUGGAUUCAACCUGCUGCUGCGUCGCCAUGGAGGCUCAAAGAGAAACUCGCUGCUCCGCUGGUGUCAGAGUCGAACCCAAGGCUACAAGAACAUUGACAUCACCAACUUCAGCAGCAGCUGGGCCGACGGGCUGGCGUUCUGUGCCGUCUACCACACCUACCUCCCCUCGCAUAUCCCUUACAGCACCCUCAGCCCUGAGAACAAGAAAGAGAAUCUCAGUCUAGCGUUCAAAACAGGAGAGAGCGUUGGGAUUGCACAGUCUCUGACAGUGGAGGAGAUGCUGAGAGCGGGCGGUCCUGACUGGCAGCGGGUUCUGAGCUACGUGGAGAGCAUGUACCGCCACUUUGAGAUGUAACUGCUGGAGGUACUGUCAAACGGUCCCGCCACAGAUGACACGUCAGAAACGCUGUCAAAGAAGCAUAGUUCAUCAUAAUUGUUCCCUGAAUACUACUUUUGGUGGAUGGUUAAAAGCAGAUGACUUUCAAAGCUACAGAUUGUAACUGAAAUAGACUCAGAAACAGCUGUCACAAAAGCCUGUAACCAAAGGAUGUAAGCACAGAUGGGUGUGAGCUGUGUGCACUCGUUUCUGUUCAGAGAAUUAAACGGACAUGCAAAAGUUACACAUUUUAGCUUUUAAAGUGGAUAUUAUCGUGACCGCCUUGUAGAAAUUCCGGUUAUGUGGAACCUUUUUAGCAUCGUUCUGUUAAAGUGUGUACACGAGUUGCUGUAAAUGUCUCCACACUGGUACUUUACAGUCAGAAAGUACUGUAUUAGGUCUUCCAUGAAAUCUAUAAUCUUUGGCUUUUAUAUGUGAUGCUUUGCAAGGAUUCCACAUCUGUUUGGACACUUGAGCACUGUGUAAAUACACACUUUUGUCAGCACUUUGUUGAUGUCAGAAUGUAAUGUGCAGUAGAUGUUUAUGUAGCCUUGUUAAGGCUGUGUGGGCAUUCGGCUGCAAGGCCUCAGUCCAGGCAGAAACGUGUCUGAUGAUUUAUCUUAGAUAAAGUUUCAGUUUUUGAGUAAAAGUUGGCGUUUCCUCACAUAAAACACAUGUAAUCAAAAUUUCAAAGUGCUUCCGUGAUAUUAACGAGAGAGCCGGUGCUGUUAAGUUGCUCAGGGAUGUGCGUUAAAGAAGCGACACAGCUAAAGCAAAUACAAGCCUCCACAAGAUUGCACAUCCAGUUUCAACAUCAUCUCGCAUCACACCUGCAUCCUCGCUGAUGCGAAUCUGGUAUUUUUACGACGUGUUGAAAACUGUUGCCAAAGUUGUACGUGCCAAAAUGAAUCAAGUGCUCCUUACAUUGUAAGAUAUGUUUGUAUUUAACUAGUGUGAAGAAUUAUACCAAAGAAAU